GUGCGUUUCUCUUCCCUACAAUCUCCGGCGCUGGAAAAGCGUAUUUGCUGAGAAGCAGACGGCAGCGACGGCGGUGUGCAAUGAGCGUCUAUUUCGCCGAAUGCGCGCAAACGUUUUGACGUGCCGCGCGGUUUUGUGACUUGACAACUGUAUCACGUUUGGUUUCAGUGAGUGUGUGUGCGUGCCCGACCUCGCCAGGUCGGACGUCAUCCUGUGUCUGACACCGGACUUCUAUGGCAUGGGUGUAGAGGUCAGCCCGCUUCACGCUCGUAGAUUCAAGGUGUGAGGAUUUCCAUCUAAGGAUGACGAUGCCGACGCAUAGAGUAAUGUCUUCCCGCUUGUAUCGCUUUGCAAAUCCGCGUCGGGCGCGGUUGCGAGAUUUCGUCCGUUUGCCCCUCGUGCCUCCCUGAUUGUUGGCAACCAUGAUCCACCACGUCACUGAAAACAGACGCUACUUUCGUCCUCAAUGGCAGUGCUCGCAACAGAGCGCUCUGCCCUCCUCCACCUUCCAUGUAAGCGACACCAUGUUCCCGGAGUCCCCGCCGGAGCUACCCUGCCGGGGCGUCAAGCGAAAGGUUCAGAGCCUCUUCGACGACGACGAUGACGACGACGACGACGCGGCCUCCACGUCUUCGUCCUCCUCUUCAACUUCGUCCGAAGGUGGAAGCGCCGGAGAGUACGACUUCAGGUCCUACACGCGGAGACGCCACGCCAUCUUCAACUUGAGCCUCUGCAAACUGUCGAGGUUUCGACAGGCGCCCGAUCCGAGUCUCCUGCGUUCGGUGCUCGUCUGUAAUACGUUGCGAGCAUUGGAGAGAGAUUAUCUACCAUCCAUGAUGGCAGCAGCUCCUGUACAGAGGCCCCAGAGCAGCCCCCCACUGUUGCAUUAUACGGCGGCUUCCUAUCAUCCCUACGACUGUCCGGCACAUCAGCCUGCGGAAUAUCAGGUCGGUGACCCAGACAACGGCCGCCUCACUCCAUUUGUCCGCUGUGAUCCUGGGCCCGUUCUCUGGUCUGAGGACGACCGGCUCCCGAGCCUCAACUGGAGCUCCGUCCUCAACUUCGGCAACCCUUCUCCGCCUCCUCCUCCUCCACCUGCCUCGGAAUCACCCACGUACACCCUUCUGCCUGCCAAUGGCGGUACAGCGUCGGCAUCGACAUCACCGGUGACAUCUCCCAUGACAUCAUCAUCUUCCUCGUCAUCAUCAUCAAAUUCAUCAUCCGGCAGUGACGAGAUUUUCGGAGACAUCGACCUGUCUCUGUACGACUUUGACCUCUUGUCGCCGCUGUCACCUCCGAGUGUUAAAGUAGCCAUGGUGAGCGCGGAAGAAAUUGUGAGGACUUUAUCAACGUCAUCCGCAUCAAUGACAGACGGGAUAGUGACUAUGGCGGGGGCGUCGCCCGGGAGCAGUUGUCAGCUGGUGGCGUCAUCGGGACAGCAGAUGAACUUCUGCUAUAGGACUCUUGGGGAAGAACACAUCGCAACAGUGAUGUCCUGAGACUGGGCAAUUUGAGUGUCUAUGCGGUACAUCCGCAGAAAAAGAAAAUUGUUCACAAGGUGCUCACGUGACUCAUUAUGAUACAAUGGUGCGUUUCUUUUUGUUCGUUUUCUUUUUUUUUUUAUGUUUGAAGCGUGAUACUUCAUUACUACUCGAAGCACAGGGUUGCUUGAUGAAAGUGAGUUGUCUGUUUAGCGGAGGAACGAUGGCACGAGGCAUCUGUGUACAUAAUAGAUAGAGACAAUUAUUUUUUUUAGUCAAAGGCAGGACAAUGUGUUUGAAGAAACAUCUGGUUGUCACAUCUGGUGUGUUUAGUCCCGCAGUGUAAUUAUGCAAUUGUACCUGCUGAAUACUUUUGGGGGAAAUAUUUAAAUUUUUAGGGGUUUCUAGUAAAUUUAGGAGGAAACUGUCGUGACUGUACGAGAUAAAAAUGAGAACUGAUAUUUUAGAACGGCCCAAAACGCAUGGGGUGAGCAAUAUGCAUUGGCUUUGGCUUGGCUAGGCUAAUUUGUAGUUAUUCGAUCUUAACCCUUGUAGCAAACGCAAACUUUACUCGAAUUAUGUUUUAAAAAAAACUACGAAACAUGGUUGCUGUAAAUCUUGAAUUGCAUUCCAAAGAUAGCAGCAAAUUUGUGGGAGCCACCAGUUGUGACAACCGUAAGACAAAUCACAAGGCGUGCAAAUUAUGCAAUCAGCUCAAAGAUUUAGUGUCCUGGCCAGAUUUCGUGCUAUCGAUUCGUGUCUCCGAAACACAAAAUGUUGAUACUGGCCCAAAGCGCAAAAGAAGAAAAAAAACAACAAAGGUCCGUCAUCUAUAGCUGUCGCCAAGAGCAGUUUGUACAUAUAUAUACGUAUUGCGUUUUGUUAGUGAUGAGAAGGCAGAGGUAUAGCAGAGCCAAAGACGCAGCACCAAAUGGUCCACUUUUCAAGCUGGUGUGUACAUAGGCGUUUACCAGUGCAUAGUUAUUAUUUCAAUUUUGAUAAUGAAGUAUUGUUAUCAUUGAUUUAUGAUAGAACAAACAAUUCAGGAAAGAGAAGUGUAAAUAUUUAUUUUAUCGUGACUAUCCGUCUCGCACAAGUACUUCAGGAUGUCUACUUGGUUCACGUGUGAUCUCAUACAAAUAAUUGAGAAAUGUAAUUGAGGCUUUUUGUUUUAGUCAUCCUUGACAUGACGCAAAUCAGUAAGAAGUCUUCAACUUGAGUACGUUGACAUGUGUAAAUCUUGUAAAACGGACACAAUCAUCGCCGACAGUGUCUUUCAUGCGUUGACAGAAAAGCCACAAUCAGCGUGUUUUAUGACGACGUUGCUCUCACAUUUGAAGCAUAGGGGGCACCACUGCUGCAGAAAGGCAGCCAUUCAGGAGGUCUUGUAUCGUCGCCUUUGACAGUAUUGUGCUGAAGGAAUAUAGUGAUUGCAAUACUCGGACAGCAAUAAGGAGAGUCGGAAAGAUGUGCUAACAGAAGCGUGUCUUAUGAGCAAAACAGUUCACUGCUUGAUUAUAUCCUGUAUACAGACAUUGCCUGAGCAAUGUCCAAAGAAUGCCCUGUGCUGGGGACAUUUGAAUAUCCCGAGCAGAUCCAGUUAUAUAUGGAACUUCAUAGCGAUUGAUUUUAUGCUGAUCAGUUAGCGGUAGUACUUACUCGUAAUUGAUAGAAUUUUAAAAUUUAUUGUAAAACAAGCACAUUAUUAGGAGUGUGUACAAAUGUAACAAACUAAGACAUGCGAAUGAAACAGGCGGAACAUGCCAACGUCGUCGUGUAGAUACGCCAUGUGUGUGUCUAUGCUGGGAUGUUCCUCGGACAUUUCUAGGACGUUAGUGGUUCUUUAGCAGCAUACCCGCUGAAUGGCGUUCGCUCCUGAAGGCAUGUCCUUCUGACUAGCUCCCUCUGUGCAGCAGAUGGUGGCGCCCUCUCAACUCAUAUUUGAUCAUCUUUACGCUCAAUACAAAAGGAGUUGCCAUACUCUCAGACGGUCAAGUCACCGAGCUGUCGAAGGAACGUGCUUUGACCUUCUUGGUAGCAUAAUGACGACGAUAAUAUAUUGCGUUGUUUCUGAGUAGAAAAUAUUUUUUUAUUCCCUCGGCUCAAACCCAAGUUUAUGUGGAUUCCUUACGGUGCCAAGCAAAGUGUCGCACUUUAUACUUAAAAAGGAGUAUUUCGUGAAAAAUUACGCAAGUAUGAGUAAUAUAUAUAUUGACAAGAUGUAUAUGCUUUUAUGCUACGGCAUAGACGUGUUAGCAAAGGGUAUGCAGCAUACAGUUGACACUGAUGAUUGCCAGUUGCAUUUCUUUGUUGAUGCGAUGCUAUAAUCCUGCUGUGCUCAAUUUUCUGUCAUUUUCUUCUGUGUCUGUGUUGAGAAUCGUCGGAUGUAAUCAGGGGGGUCUUUGCAGCCGUGUUGCGCGUUGACGAGUACUUAAUGAGAAGCUUAAAUGACUGUGAGCUUUUUGAUUUAGACUUUGAAAUACUGCGCAGAAACUGGCGUGGACAUAAAAGUAUCAGUCUGCUGAAAUGAAGGAAGUGCCUUUGAAAACAAACACCUCGUAGUUUUCAAUCACAUAAGAGACCAUCAUCGUGAGACCAAUCGCUCAACUAAUGACAUAAUGUUUCCAUUCUUUUGAACGAUUGUCAAUCACACUUUUGUCUAAUCUCAUCUCGCGUUGCUUGUUUCAGUGCAUCGUGCAAAGCCAAAGUAUUAUCUGCAACUAAACGAAGAGUAGCACUAAAGAAGAGUAGCACUGCAAUUGGUCGUUAUCGUUACUUUUCUUACUUAUCAAUGUUCUGCUGAUAUACAGAAUAAACAUAUUCCAUUGUGG